AAAAAAACUUUCAAUCGUAUAGAAGCAUGUGUUAAUAAAGAUUUUCUUAAAUGCAGCAAUCAUUUGUAUAGAUUUUUUUUUAACAAAAUAAAAAUGGAUAAUAAUACUACUAAAUCUGCUACUGCCUUUCAAAGCAACAGUACACAUGGUAUAAAGUUUUCAGAUGUAGCUUAUCCAAAUGAAUUUCUCUCUGCAUUUAAGUCAAUGCGUUAUCAUGAUGAAUUAUGCGAUGUUCAUUUACUUGUUGGCUCCACAAAGAUUACUGCACACAAAGCAGUACUAGCUGCAAGCAGUCCCUAUUUUCAUGCAAUGUUUACAGGAAGCUUACUUGAAAGUCAAAUGAAAGAAGUUGUUAUACAUAAUGAGUCAGAAAAUGAGUUCUCUCAAGUUAUUGACUAUUUUUACUCCUCAAAGAUCUAUAUAAGUGACUCAAAUGUUGAAUCUCUUUUACAAAUUGCUGGUUUACUGCAACUUCCAAGAUUGCAGCAUGCAUGCUGCGAAGUAAUAAAAAGAAAAGUAACGGUCAACAAUUGUUUAGGUAUUGCAGCAUUUGCUGAGUCUCAUAAUUGUUUGCAGUUGGUAGAGAGUGCUCAUAACUAUGCUGUAAAUCACUUUAUUGAUGUCAUACAAGGAGAUGAAUUUAUGAAAAUAGAUAUUGCACAUAUCUGUAAACUCAUUUCAGAAGAUGGACUGAAUGUUAGUUCUGAAGAACGAAUUUUUGAAGUGGCUGUAGCAUGGCUUCGUUAUGAUUAUGAGAAUAGAAAAAAAUAUGCAGCAGAAUUGUUUUCUCAUGUCAGAUUCCCUUUGUUAUCUGCAGAGUUUUUAAUGGAGCGUGUUGCUAAUGAAGAUAUUGUCAGAGAAAAUCGUUUAUGCUGUGACUUACUUUUGGAGGCUACUAAGUUUCUUUUACUUCCAAAAUUGAAAACAGCAUCUGCUUGCAUUCUUCCUCGAAAAUUUGCUGCUUCCCACCAUGUAAUGUAUGCUGUUGGAGGAAUGAGUCGAAGAGAGGCUAUGAAAACAGCAGAAAAGUAUGAUCCAAAGGAAGGAAAAUGGAAACCUAUUGGUGAAAUGAGCAUUUGUCGUUUUGGAGCUGACAUAGCAUCUAUUGGUGGUGCAUUAUACAUUUGCGGUGGAAGUGAUGAUACUAGUCGUUUAAACACUGCUGAGCGCUACGACCCUUACAACAAUGUUUGGAUACCAUUACCUGAGAUGUCAUCUAACCGUAAUGGUGUAGGUGUUACUAUGUGCGCUGGAAAAAUUUAUGCUAUUGGUGGUUUUAAUGGUUCAACACCUCUAAACACUGCUGAAUGUUAUGAUACAAAAGUUGGUAAAUGGUCACCUAUUGCUUCGAUGAACCAAACUCGAUUUUGGGUUGGAUGUUGUACAUGUUUGGCAUCAGAACAGAUUUAUGCAAUUGCUGGUUCUGAUGGCAACAAUCUGCGUUCUUGUGAGCGGUAUUCUGUUGAGACAAAUACUUGGUCAAGCAUUUGCUCAAUAAGUGUGGCAAGGAAACAAGUAACAUGUGCAGCAUUGAAUCGAUAUAUUUAUGCAAUUGGUGGGUGUGACAAUUCUACUCGCUAUCCUAUUGUUGAGCGUUAUGAUCCUGCUUUAGACCAAUGGCUAAUUAUUGCUCCAUUAAUUUCACCCCGUAGUGGUGCAGGUGUUGGUGUUUUAGAUGGUUUUCUGUAUGUUUGUGGAGGAAAUGAUGGGGAAAAACAUCUAAAUACCAUUGAAAAAUAUGAUCCCUUAACUAACCAAUGGUAUGUUGGACCACCAAUGAAUUUUGCACGAGAUUGUGUUGCAGUUUGUGUUGCUUCUUAUAAAAAGCCAUAUCAGAAGAGAUCUACUGAUAUGCACAUAAGGUCAGCAUCACCUGUGAUGUUUCCUGGACAUGUUAACACUAACUGAUUUGUGCUUGAGUAUAUUUAACUACACAUCAGUAAUCAAGUAUACUGUUUUAUAUGCAUUUUUGCAUGAUUUUUUAUGCAUUGUAGCAUGCUUUAUUAUUUUUGAAUUUUAACAUGGUUUUAUCAUGCACCCAGUACCUCCAAGUUUUCUUCAAGGAAUUAACUUAAAAAAUAAAGGUGGUAAAGAUACAUGCACUAAUAAAGAAUGCACAUCCAGUAUUAAUAAAUACAUAGCCAGGAAUAAAUAAUUGAUGUACAUUUAAUAUUAAUUUCAUAGUCAGCAUUGAUGAACAAUUAGUUAGUGCUGAUAAAUGCACAGCAUGGAUUGAUAAAUGCACAGCAUGGAUUGAUAAAUACACAGUCAAUAUUGGUAAACACACAGUCAGUAUUGAUAAGUGCAUAGUGAGUAUUGAUAAAUGUACAGUCAGUGUUUCUUGUAAAAUACUUGCAAAGCAAACCAAAGAAAUGUUAAAUUAUGUUUAACUACUUUUUUUUAUAUUAUACGUUAAUAUUUGUUAAUAUAUUUUGAAAAGUUAAUUUGUAUAUAUAUUUAUUUUUAUUACUUAAUUUGCACAAAGUUUUUAGGGUAUAAGGUAGUAAUACUGGUACACUUUUUUUAAUUAGAAAUUUAUGUU